AAAAAGUGGUGAAUCGUAAACCUAGUUAAAUUAGCAAGAAAAUAAAAUCAAAAUUUUCAAGAAAAAUUAUUAAUUGUUUUCAGUCUUAAGUUAUUUUUGAUAUAGAUUAUUAAGUAAUAUCAAAUAUCAAAAAUCGAAAUGAGCAACGAGCAACCUGAAGUCCAGGAAUCCGCUGCACAACCUGAAGCGACUCCAAACGAGCUGGAGAAACAGGAAGAAGCCAAACUAAAAGCCAAAUUUCCAACAAUGCCAGCAGGUCGUUUUGUCGGUCACUCGGCCUUUUUGCAAAAACGCCUGGCAAAAGGACAAAAAUUCUUCGAUUCUGGUGACUACCAAAUGGCCAAGCAAAAAACAGGGGGCUUGAAUAAACUACCCUUGAAAGUGCCCGACCCCUUUUUUCAAACUGGCGAAGCGAUUCCUACUCCAGAAACUGUUCCUACAAGGAAAACGUCCCUGGUGCAACCAUCCAAACUUGCCAGUAUUACUGUUUCAACUCCUACAGGCCACAGCCCUCCUUCCAAAUAUCCAACCAAUAAUUAGGGGAUAGGAAGGAUUAAGCUCAAAUCAAUUUUGUGAUGAAACAUUUAUUUUAUUUAGGAAUAUAAUUAUGUGCUACUUUAGAGCAAAUAGGAUUGACUGAGCUGAGUUUUGAAGAAAUUUAUUAUUUACUUAUUUUUAUUCAUAAAAAAAAGAAAAAAAUGUUUUUCUAUUAGGGUGUUCAUUUGUACUGCUUUUUUUGCUUCAAGCAGAUCGGUGUUCACUUGUCCCAUAUAUAAGCUCAUAAAGCAGAUCUUCCUGAUUUUUCGAGCAGAUAGAGCAAGUACAAAUGAACACCUUUUAUUAUUAUAAGUUAAAAAGAUCUGCUCUAAUUGGGAAACAUAAUUAUUACAUUUUUCCGUUAUAUUAGGAAUUAUAAUAUUAUUUUGUUGUAAAUAAUAAAAUAUUUU